AUGGCUUUCUUUAUGCACGAUCUUCAUUGUCAAAUUGAACAUCUCUAUCAAGAGUGGAUCGAUAAACCUAAUCUUCUAACCGUUUACAGAGGACAAAUUGUAACUCAAUCUGACUUUGAAAAAUUAAAGAAAGGCCAAGGAGGUUUACUGUCAUUCAAUAGCUUUUUAUCCACCUCAACUAAUCCAGAGGUUUCUCUUAUCUUCGCUGAUAGUAAUGGAUCUGAUGCCACAUCCAUAGGCAUUUUCUUUGAAAUCAAAAUCAAUUCGAAGUUAUCAUCAACACCAUUCAUCUCUCUGGGCAACUUGAGUCAUUUUGAAGAAGAGAAUGAAAUAUUAUUUUCAAUGCAUAGCAUCUUUGAAAUCGGUGAAAUACAUCAAAUCAAUGAACGACUCUGGCAAGUAGAAUUAUUAUCCACUAUGGACAAUGAUAAACGAAUGACGGAAUUAACUGAUUACAUUCGACAACAUACAAAGAAAUCUAAAACUCAUCCAUGGUUUCGAUUAGCUGAAUUGUUUUUCCAGAUGGGACACCAUGACGAAGCUGAAGGUAUUCUCCAACAAUUUGCGGAUCUUCUUUCAAUCUAUGCUCCCAAUAGCCCGCUACACCGUUUGGUUCUUCAUCGUCUCGGAUUGAGUAAACAUGUAAAAGGUGACUUCACAAAUGCACUCUCACUUUUUGAAAAAGUACUUCAGCACCAUGAUACUUCUGUUGAAAAUAGUGCUUAUAUGCACAUAGAACUUGGUUACAUUGGUGAGACAUAUCUCAGACUUGGUAAACCACGAGAUGCUCAGUUUUACGUGAAGAAAGCCAUUGAAAUCUGUCGAAAAAUACUUCCUUCAGUUCAUCCAUUCUUUGGUAACACGUACAAUUGGAUGGGUGAAGCGAAUCGAAUGACUGGAGAUUACCCAACUGCUAUACACUACUAUGAACUAGCACUCAAAAUUCAAGAAAAAUAUUUGCCACCCGACCACUUAGACUUAGCUCAUACUUUAGAUGACCUGGGUAUCGUUCACGAAACGUUGCAAAACCAUUCAAGUGCACUGUCAUAUCAUCAAAAGGCUCUUCAGAUACGAAGUAAAUCUCUAAGUUCGAAUCAUCCUGAUCUCGCUAAAAAUUAUGUUAACAUUGGCAGCAUUUAUGCAUCAACCCGAAACUAUAUAAAGGCACUAUCAUUUUAUCAAAAGGCCGUUGACAUCUACGAAGCGCAUAGUGAUGAAAUUUUUCUCGAUUUGGCUACAGCUUACCAUAACAUCGGUAAUGUCUUUCUUGAAAUGCGCGACUGCCCAACUUCACUCGGAUUUUUUCAACGAUGUCUUAAAAUCGAGGAGCAAAAACUUUCGCCCGAUCAUCCAACAGUAGCUAAAACAUAUUCUAGCAUGGCAGUCGUGCACCUAGCAUCGGGUGAACAUGCAAUAGCUGCUUCAUUACUCAGGAAAGCUCUGAUGAUUCUAGAGAAAGAUUCCAGUUCCAACGUUAUACUGGUACAAACAACAUCAACAUGCAUCUGUGAACAAUGCAUUGGAAUACAAGCUAAUAAUUCAUGGUGCAUUCAAGAUGCUGUAGGUUAUCAAUUACACAAAUGGUUAGAUAAACGACUAACUCGUUCACCUUUUGAUAUUGGACUUGACCCAAAUUUAGUUCAAUUAAAUUCAAAUCAAUUGGAAUAUCGUAAAACAAUAACUCG